UACUAUAUAACGCUAGAGUAAAAGUUCUACUUCUGCAACAUUGAGUAACUAGCUUUCCAUGUUCUGAAGAGAAAAAAAAUAGAUGAUGAUGAUGAUGUCUCACUGUGUUUUCCCUGUUAAUCCACCUUCCACUCCUUCACCCUGCUUCCACUCUAAAGUUGGAAAGCAAUGGUCUCAGAGAUUUGCUUUGAGUGUAAGGCCAAUGCACCCUAAGAGAGUUUCAAGUGGCUGCACUGCGAGAGCAACUUUGGGUGAUGCUGAUAAAUCUAUCGGAAUUCCCCGCCAAUGGUACAAUGUAAUUGCCGAUCUUCCAAUAAAGCCACCUCCACCGUUGCAUCCUCAGACUUUUGAACCAAUCAAACCAGAUGACUUGUCACCCCUUUUUCCUGAUGAGUUAAUCAGACAAGAGAUAACCAGUGACAGAUUCAUAGACAUACCGGAUGAAGUUCUCGAUGUUUACAAGCUUUGGCGCCCAACCCCUCUCAUUAGAGCCAAGAGGCUGGAAAAGCUUCUUGAUACGCCUGCUAGGAUUUACUACAAGUACGAAGGAGUAAGCCCAGCGGGAUCACACAAACCGAACUCUGCUGUGCCACAAGCCUGGUAUAAUUUACAAGAAGGUGUCAAGAAUGUUGUGACAGAAACUGGUGCUGGACAGUGGGGAAGUGCAUUGGCCUUUGCUUGCAGCAUAUUUGGCCUUGGAUGUGAGGUGUGGCAAGUGCGCGCUUCCUAUGAUUCAAAACCUUAUCGGAGGUUGAUGAUGCAAACAUGGGGUGCAAAAGUACAUCCAUCUCCAUCUAUGAUCACUGAGGCUGGUCAGAGAAUGCUUCGAGAGGAUCCAUCAAGCCCAGGGAGUUUAGGAAUAGCCAUAUCGGAAGCUGUGGAAGUUGCUGCUAAAAGUGCUGAUACCAAGUACUGUUUGGGGAGUGUACUCAACCAUGUUUUGCUUCACCAGAGUGUUAUAGGAGAAGAGUGCAUCAAACAAAUGGAAGCUAUUGGUGAAACCCCUGAUGUCAUUAUAGGAUGUACUGGUGGUGGCUCCAACUUUGCAGGGCUAAGUUUUCCAUUCCUUAGAGAGAAGCUCAAUAAGAAAAUCAAUCCUGUUAUUAGAGCAGUUGAACCUUCAGCAUGUCCUUCCUUAACAAAAGGGGUGUAUGCAUAUGAUUAUGGUGAUACAGCAGGAAUGACUCCAUUGAUGAAAAUGCACACACUUGGACACGACUUUGUUCCAGAUCCAAUUCAUGCUGGAGGUUUGCGUUACCAUGGUAUGGCACCAUUGAUCUCACAUAUUUAUGACUUGGGUUUAAUGGAAGCAAUUUCAAUUCCACAAACAGAAUGUUUUCAAGGUGCUAUACAGUUUGCUAGGUCUGAAGGGUUGAUACCAGCUCCUGAACCAACUCAUGCCAUAGCUGCAACCAUUAGGGAAGCUAUUCGUUGUAGAGAGAGUGGGGAGGCCAAGGUUAUUUUGACAGCAAUGUGUGGACAUGGCCAUUUUGACCUGCCAGCUUAUGAAAAGUAUUUGCAAGGUAACAUGGUUGACCUCUCAUUCUCAGAGGACAAGGUUAAAGCUUCACUGGCCAAAAUUCCUCAAGUGAUUCCUUGAGUUGAGACUCACAUGGCUCUCUCAACACAUUUAUGUGUCUGAGUUUGUUUUAGUGCCUGCUUAAUUAGGUUCAAAAUUAGGGAACACUUGAUACAUCUCAAGGAAACAACAAAUAAGUAGAUUUUUGCAUCUUCAAUGUGUUUCCAACACACUUAAUUAUUGGAAUAAAAUCAUAAUCUCAACCUGGGUACCUUUUGCAUUG